GUAAAGCUGUAGCUAACACACAAUCAAAUAUACUACUCAGUGUCAUUCUUCUGGAUUCAUAAUGAAGGUUACAGUGUUUUGUGUCGCUAUAUGAAUUUAAGUGCAAAUGUCAUUUUGUGUUGUUUUAGCUGAGGAACUAUGCUGGCAUUGCACAUUCUGACUUCUGAGUUGGUACAUAGCUGUUUUUGACAGCAACACUGUGAAUUUUGCAGCAUCUCUGAGGAUUUGGUGCUUAUGUAAUAUGUCUCACCCUCUCUCUCUCUCUUCACACAGCAUCCAAUGAACUUAAACUCAGAGGAAGCAAGCAGCCCAAUUUCUAUCGUCAUGGUAACAGCAUGUGAAUGCGUUGAACAGGAGCGGUGAGCUGGAGAGAGAGAGAGUGGGAACAGCAUCAGAAGACAUUGCUCAGUCUCCAGAGCCGAAAGAAAGGUUGUGUAUCUCAUAGAAUACACUGAAGAACAAAUUAAAACAACCAAUGGAAUCUCUCGACAACUGAUUUAUUACAAAGUGCAGAGCUAUACUUAAAAUCAAAGAUGGAACACACCACCUUGGUUUGUUCUGCCCAGGGUUGGUGCGGCCCUAUCGUUUCAACCUUCUCACCUGAGUGGGAUGAUAAUGUGAACUCUUUUCUGAUGGCACCUGAUGUGAUCAAACCUCCUCCACAAUUCCAGGAUACAGAAGAGCCAAGUCAGACAUCACUGACUAACUCUGCUGUCGUGAUAAGAUGGGAUAAAGAUUGUGUGAACUCCCAAAAGGAGCGUAGGAGUAGGGCAGUCAGUAACAUAGAGGUCCACAGACACUCCUUGUCCCUUACUACCACCAUCAAUUCCAACCCAGGUGUGACCCGGCGCCGUUGUGAAAGCUAUGCCCUGUCAUAUCCCAGCAGCAGCUCGGAGGACAGUGGCAGUGACAGCACCUCUGCGAGGCGGAGAGAUCGCCUUCCGGAUGCGGUGCCACGGUCUAGGUCCCGGAGCAUUGUUCUUAGGAAGGCCAAAAGGAAACCAGCCCCGCCAGUACGAACCGUGUCAUUGCAAAGGCUCACAACUGGGAAGCAUUCUGAACAUAAAACAAAGGCACACCUUAAAAAAGAUGGCCAAAACAUCAUGCUACUGCCAGAUCUUAUUCCAACAUCUAAACCAGAAGUUGGUAAGUGCAAGCAAUCAACGCCCACAAACGAAGCACCUGAAAAGGUGGCAAUGAUGCCAUCUAUCUCUUGUCACAGAGCACUAAAUGAGCUACAGUCCAGUGAGCCAUACAAGUCUGGCUUAGGUCCCUCUGUGGCUGCUCCAACAAAUGAUAUUACCCAUGGUAAUUCUGAAGCUAACACUUCCCCAUCCUCCUCUCAAUCCUCCCCCUCCCAGCCAUACAUUCCUUCUCCUUCCAAACCCCUCGUGUCAAAUUCGCCAUCAAGUGUCUAUGGAAGCCAAUGUGAAACACCCACUCAGUCAGUCCUGACCUCAGUUGACAGGGGACCUUCUCAGUUGGGCUGCAGGAUGCGCCCUAAGCCUUCCAGUGCAAUUCCUGGCCAAAGGGCAAGGCACCAAAAUGCAAGGCUAUCUCUUCAACUUCCUGAGGUUCAACAGUGCACCCCUGAUCCAGAACCUUCUACAGCUCAACCGAAAGCAAACCGUCGCUUCUCAGACAGCACAGAAGCCACCAGACCCAAGCAAAGGCUGAGUAACAGCAUGUUCAUCAUGCCAGUGGUGACUCAAGAAGAGCUGAACAAUGUGCGUUUACGUUCAAUUAGUAGCUUUGAUUUAGAGAAUGCACAGGAAACUUUGACAGAGGUUAUCGAGGAGGAGACCGAAAGGGGUAGAAACUCUCUAAGCCCCGCAAACAGCCCAAAAGCCAAACCACCAGUGGCUCCAAAGCCCCAGAGAAACAAAUGGCCACCCAAUGCCAUGGUGCAGCCAUGUUUUGGAACAGUUUCAGAUCCAGAGCCCUCAACAGUCAUAGCCAGUGAACGGCAGGACAUUUACACAAUGGUUAACAAAGAAAAACCUGCAGUGAACGCACCAUCCCCAAAUAUUGCCAGUAUUGUACAAGGACAUCAUCAGAGGUGGCAGCAAUUUUUCGAUGGACACACUCUGCAGCCAAUGAGGGAGCCCCAUCAGCCACAACCCCCAUGCACUCUUGAGCCACAGGACUCAAAUCUGCUUUCCUUCAACAAAACCUCCCGUUCGAACCCAUAUGAACUUCAAAAGAAGAGAAGAGCGUCAACACCAAUUCUGGCAAAGACUCCAGGUGUGGAUAACUCGCCUUCCGAUAACUCCGCUACCCUGAAGAACUCGGACAAUGUCCAGUCUCCUUCUAAGCUCUGCAAGUCUCCAAAAUCUCCAACUACUGCAAGUCAAUAUCAUGUCACCCUCUAUGGUGUCAUUCCACCGUAUCCUAUGGCCGUUGAACAACAACACUCAAGUACACCAGAUCAUCCCUCAUACAAUGUAGAAAAAAGGGACAGUAUGCCAGACCUUGGACCUCUACAAUUGGUGGGAGAGGAAGACGAUGUAUUUCUUUACAAGUCAAAAUCUCACACAACAGAGGACUUGUUCACCAUCAUCCACAGAUCUAAAAGAAAGCUCCUUGGUCGUAAAGACUCCUUUGAAAACAAGCAAGGUGAUCUUGGCACACAGACACUUGGUGGGGGAGGCUCCAAAAUCAGUUCUCAAAAUGACAACUUCAUGGCUUUCCUGAGAAGGACAAGAAGUGCCAAGGCUGGUUGCAGUGAAAGAAUUUCAGCCACAGAACUCCUCAGAAGCUCCAAAUCCACAGCUACCAUUGCAGCAAGCAUGACCCAUUGCAAAAAUAGCUAUGUACAGUCACAUGGUCCUUAAAAUGUAUUUGUUUUGAAUGAACUCUCCCAGUUGUGUUUUAUAUCUAAAAUAUAUUUGUCACCGCAAUGCCACGUUAAAGCUUGUGAAGCAAUUAUAAGCAUUAUAAAAAAUUAGCUUGCUAAUACUUUUGUUUUGAACAGCAUUUGAAGUAGAGUUUUUAGGAGUUGUUCAAACCGUAUAUAUUUCUGAAACAUGUACCAUAUUUUUCCAUCAUAGUGAGUGAGAGCAGAAUAAUGCAAAAUUACAAUUUCUCAUUUGUAAAUUCAAAUAUUACUUUAUAUGUAAAGGUAAAUUUGAAUGUUUUAAUAGUAUUUCCUCCACAAAUUUAAUAGUAUUUCCUCCAAAAUACAGUUAUUGCCAUAAUGUUAAUGAAUGUUAAAACAAAAUUUGUUGUGUUUGGGCUCUAUCUUCCUGCCUUCCAAAUUGAGUUCAGUAUUUUAUUGAGCAGCCUAUUACUGUUGUAUAUCAAUGACUGUUUUAAAAAAAUGUAUUGCUGUAUAGUUGCACAUGUUUAGUAUAUUAAAUUUAUUUUCAGUUGUUGUUGUUUUAGAGUAUACUACUCUGAGAUGUUGGAUGCAUUUAAACUAUUUAAUUCUUAAAGAGACAUAUCCAAAUUGUAUAGGCUUAAACUCUUUACAACAUUUCUGCAACUAAUUUAAACACUAAUCUCAAAGAGAAAGUGCCUGACUAUUGAAUAUGAGAGAUGUAAGAGGGAGAGUUAGUAGAUUUUAUAAGAAGGAACUAAUCUAAUCUUCAGGUCGCACAGACGUAAAUCUGCAGUGCCAUCACACACCUGCUACAGUCUGACUUUACGUGUAAAAGAGGGCACAUCAUUCUUUUCUGAUCUGCAUGUUAUUUAUUUAUAUUUUUUUAAUAAGAGUUCACUUUUGUAAAUCCAAGUGUUCUUUUUCCUUUAUGGAAUAUUGCAAAACAAAAGGACUUCUGCAUUAUGGUUCACAAUACAGUUUGCGCAUUUCUCAUAGUACAAAUUUCACAUCUGUCAUGGUAAGUAUACCAAACGAAUGAAAAUAUACAGUACAACAUGCAUGAUGCAUUUACGAGAUCAUAUUAAAGAAAAUGUGUUAUCCAAAAGCUCAUAAACUGUAUUAAGAAAUUGCAUAAACAUCUGUUUAAUCUAAAGUUGUUUAUGUCUUGAAAACAGUAAGGCACUUACAAAUUAAAUGAAUAAAAGACAGUCCAUCAAUUUUAAGAUACACACCAUUUUACCAACUAUAGCCACAAGACGUAGAAUGUCUUAAGUGUAAACAUGAUUUUAAUGUGAUAAAAUUGCUUAUUAAAAUUAUCUGUGAAAAAUUAUAUUUAAUAUAACAACAUUGUUGCCAAUGCCGGUAAACCCUGUAAUCUGGUAAACACAGUAACACCAGUAAAUCCCUGAAUUCAUCACACUAAAUAUCAUGUCUAACGUAAUACAUAAUGCUUAUGUCUUGUGGCUAUACUUUUGAAACAGUGUGUGUUUUAAUAUUUAUGGGAUGGCCCUACUUCCAUUGUACUCUAAGUGCUUCACUGUAAUCAAGAUAUUUUAUUUCUUUUUAAUUGUAUUUUUAAUAAGGGACAAGACAAAAUAUUUUCUAUUUACUUUAUUUUCUAUUCACUUUUUAUUUUUAUUCUAUUUUUUAUUAUUAUCUCUGUCUUGUUGCUGUUUUUGUAUUGUUUGUGCACUGGAAGCUCCUGUCACCAAGACAAAUUCCUUGUAUGUGUAAGCAUACUUGGCAAUAAAGCUCAUUCUGAUUCUGAUUCUGAAAAUAAUUUUUUGUGGUAAUCAACAUUAUGCCACAAAUGCUGUCAAAUGACCUUUACUUGUAUUUAACCUGAAACAUUCUUUUAAUUACAGAGAUGUCAUAAACAAUUGUGCCACUGAGGAUAC